AUGAGUGAUAAUAACACACAACCACAUGCCAAAUGGUUCAAAAUACUCUUCAAAACUCUUCAACAACAUGAAACAAUAAUUGAAUUCCUAUCAGGAGACAAACCACCAGAGGAGUUUUUUGAUAUUAUUAAUAAUGAUAAUAUUAUCAAAGUUAUGAAGAAUGAUUUGAAAGAAAUAUAUUACUGGUUCAAAAAUGACAAAAAAAAGAUAAUUAAUAAGGCAAUUCAAUAUAUGCACAAGAAAUUUAAAGAAAAUAAUAAUAUACGUGACAUAGACAAAAAGGAAAGGGACAAAUUCAAAAAUGACUUUAAUAAUAUUGAUGAUCAAAAAAAGUUGGAAUGGAAGAUGCAGAAUGAACUUCUUACUGAUAUCAAAGAAAAACUGCCUGAAUUCCCUUAUGUUUAUGAGUAUGGAUGGAAAUAUAAAAAAGGAGUGAGUAACCUGAUUCUUACAAAUGGUAAAGGACAUUACAAACGAGCAUUUAUCAAUCAAUAUUGUGAACAGGGUUAUGUUGAGCAACAUGGUCACCGUAUUGACAUCAUUGCAGUUAUUGUUAUGGGAAUCACCGAUGAGGAACAUGUAAAUAAACAUUGGCCUGAACUCUUUGAUAAAUGA